GCCCCACUUAUGCGGCUUAACAAAUAUGACUCUCUAACAUGACAAUGGGCUGCAGCUGUUGCAAGUUGCCACCUGGUCUAGGACAAACUAUUAAAUGUUGUGACACCCGCUAUAUUUACGAUAGAAGGGUAUUUUAAUUUAACGGCAAGCAUAAGAGGGAGUAAAGUGUAUAUAUUUUUGAUCAGAGGACGAGACUGUAUCGAAGAUUUUAAGAGCUAAAACUACCAAAUAUAUAUAUACAACAUCUCUAUUAUCCAUCAUUCAACAUAAACGGUUACAAACUGUAUUAAUAAAAGAUUUGGACAAGUUCUAAAAACCUUAUAGCGGUCCAUUUCUAAUUUAUAUAUUUCGUCAGGUAUAUCAACGUCGAGCAUUCUGAACUGUAACUUUGCGACUUGCUUUUCAAUAAUUAAGUAAUUCAUUUGUGCAUUCUAAAGUUUUAAGCGCAUUUUGCGCCCCAUAUUCGUUAGGCUACAUGAAACUUUAAUGACCUUUUUCUACUGUUGUUCUAUUGCUAUUGUUGCUGUCAACGCUUUUGUUGUAUCUGCUUCUAUAUAUAACGUAUACUAUAGGCUAGCAGUAGUGUUGGUAUUGUGUUAUUUCGUGCUCCAGUUACUAUUUCGACUCUCUAUUGACGUCCAUUCGCUUAAUGAAUUUGCCUGCGCUGCUCAGUUGUAAUUUGAAGCUCGUUUCGUUUCGUUUGUUGCGUUACUUUUGUUCGCCUGAACUUGAAAUUCGUUGAACAAAUAAACCCUACAAAAGACGUACUUAACCAUUAUACUAUACAAUAUAAAUUAAUUGCAUAUGUGAAGGAUGAUAUGGAGCAAUGGGUUACGGACACAUUUUACUCGUAUUUUCCCGGCUUUAACAAUGAAAAUCAGAAACGACAAAAUUAUUUGCGUGAGCGACAGCGCGAGAAUCAGCAGAACUUUCUCAAGCACCAGAUGCUACAUCCGCCGGCGCCGAAACAGCGACGUCAGGUGAAGCUGUCGCAGCCAGAGGAGUUGCAAACGUCGCGCUCGAAUCAUUCCACAAGCACGAGCUCGACGUCCAACAGCAGAACGGAUAAGACUGACCUAGAAUUAAUUGUAAAUAGUAAUCCCAAUUACGUGCCGCCCAAGAAACGGCCAGGCACCACACGACAACAGCUUCUGCAAGAUCUGGGUCACGUGGAGCUCUCCAACAUUGUCACUGGCGAUGGCAUCCUGGAGCGUAAUAUGCGCAGUGCCGAAUUGGAAACGGCGCGCAAAAGGGACUAUCAACGGGAUCUGAUGCAACAGAUUGAGGAGAAGCGUCGCUCCAUUGAGAUUCUGCGCGAAAAGGAGCGCAGACAGGAGGAGGCUUUGACCAGGCGCUUGGAAGCUCAACUGAAGACAAUUCACUUGCAGGAGCAGCUGGAGAAGCAGCGACAACGUGCCGAAAAGGCACGCAAGGACUCAGAUCACAAUCGCCUGAUGCGGGAGCAGCUGCUGGCCAAGCUAGAGGAGGAUGCACAGCUGUUGCCCGCCAAGGAACACAACGACUUGGCUGGAUCUGUCAGGAAUGGGAAUACAAAGGCCGACAACAAGGAUAUCAAUGGCAAUGCCAACAAAAGCAAUACGACAAACACCAACAAGGUGUACAAAUACUUUAGCAAUUCGGCGCGACACGAGUAUCGUCGAGGUGAACCAUUGCCUGCGGGCGUGGAGCUUGACUUUGAGUUGCCGGAAAUGUCGAAAAUCGAACGCGAGUGCUUCCAUUUGUGCGAAAAGAUCUGUCCGCUCUGCGAUGAGCCGUUGAAGAGCUAUGAAAGCUGUUGUCUGCGCUGCCAGCGCAAGUUGGCACUGAAAAUGAAACAGCAGCGACAGCCCAGCGAUGAUACAGGUGGACAGCAGAGCGACGAGACGACUGAAGCUGCUGAUGCUGUGGAUCACGAUUGCCAGAAUAGCUAUGCGCUCGUUUGUCUCAAGUGCGAACGCCUUUAUGCGUUGUGUAGCCAAUGUCUGGUGAAGAGUGAUGUGUGUCGAGCCUGCCAACGGGAGCGCAAUGUUUGCAUGAAUUGUCGCCGAAAUCUGUGCUCCUUUUGCUUGGAGGAGAUCGCGUGUGGCCGGGACACUGAGCGCACACAUGUCAACGAAGUGAAUGAAGAAAAACCACAGAAAUCAGAUGACGCGUUUCGUGUGCUGGAACUUAAUUAUGCUGUGCCAUCCCCAACAGCGGAAACGAAUGCCGCGAAUCCCACUGAGGCAGACUCGCCUCCCUAUUCCUUCAACAUUUCACCGAAUUCAGUGUUCCACGCGGAUUACAAACCCACGCCGGUGAAGCCGCUGUUGAUCGAUCAACUGCCCAUUGCCACGAGUAGUGCGAACAACAGCUUCGAGCUGGAUAGCGCUGAUGAGCAGGCGAUGGAACGAGUGCGCCGGCAGACAGAUAAGCGUCUAUCACGUUACCUCAAAAACUACGGCGAUCUGGCUUCCAAGCAUCAACAAGAUGCGCGUAGCAAUAGCGAGUCACGGCACCGGGGCACACAGACAAUGCCUCAAAGUUUAGGCAGGCGAGAUGUGGUGCUGCUCGAGCCACCGACGCAUAAUCUAUCGAUGCCACUGCUGCGUGAAAUGCCCAAGAUGACGCGUAAGGAGACGAGUGCGUUGCCUGCCGAGAGCACUCAACGAAAGAUGGAUAAUCUCAAGAAGCGCUGGGAGGUGCCUGCGGUGCAAAAGUUUACCGUGUCCUCUACAUCUCCUAAGAUACUCACCCAGGUGGGUGCCAUACGUAAGCAACUGCAGGCAUCGCGAUUCUUUGACGAUGCCCAGGACGAGGUGGAUGGCGAUGACGACUACUGACCCUUAGACCGAAGGCUAACAACAAUUUUUCAACUCUUGAACAAAUUGAGUCUGUUUAGUUUUACAGUCUUGCCAGUUUUUUUUUGUUUUGUUCGUUCUCUUUGCACAAUUCGAUUUCACUUUUUUGCAAUUAUUAUGGAUUUUCAUUUAAUCCGUUUUGAUCUAUAUAAAAUUCUAACCAUCCCUGAGAUAUUGAUAAUGUAAUUAAUGAGAUACCAUGUGCUUCUGCUGUUUCAUGCAGCGUCAAAUUGUAUAUUUAAGGCAAAAAGUUUGUUAAUGUUUUUACAAAUAUAUAUAAAUCAAACUCAUAAGCUUAA